AAGCACGCGCCAGGCAGUGAUGUGUCGCAGAUAUCAGAAAGAGAACCCAAAAUACCGCUCAACUAUGUAAUACGUGCAUGUGAGAAAGUGAUAAAGACUCCGAGAAUAGAAAAGGGUUGUAGAUUAGGCAAAAAGCUUGUUUUAGCCGCUGCAGUGAAUUUUGGGGAUUUGUGGGGGAUUUUUCUUGGAAAGAACGAGAAACAUUUCGCGUUCCUUGUUUUGAGCGUGCGACCAGCAGCCUAGGAGCGAUGGAACUGUCAUCUAUAGGUGAACAAGUGUUUGCAGUUGAAUCAAUAACCAAGAAGAGAGUCAGAAAGGGUAAUGUGGAAUACUUAUUGAAGUGGCAGGGAUGGCCACCAAAGUACAGCACCUGGGAACCAGAGGACCACAUACUGGACCCACGCCUUGUCCUGGCUUAUGAAGAGAAGGAGGAGAAGGACCGAGCCCUGGCAUACCGCAGGAAAGGACUCAGACCACGGAGACUCGUCUUGCGGUCUUCUCUUCUCCUACAGAAGAUCUAUGCCAUGGACCUCCGUAGUGCACACAAACUCCCAGAUACCCCUCGUCUGCGCCUCUCCCUUACCCGCUCCAUGGGCUCCGAGCUGGACCAGGGCAGUCUGCCAUACAGGGCGGGGGAGGGAGGGAGCAUCUACCGCCGCCUGGCAAGACGCAAGAACAAGCAGAGGGUGUCCAAACCUGUGUCUGACAACAAUUCCCUCCAACCACUGACCCGCAUACAGGACCCCAUGGAGCAUGAAUGGCAAGGCGCAGAGGAGAGACCGGAAUCAGAGUUCACAACAGAGACAUGGCAUAGCCGGUCAGAGUGCAGCUCUCCCAUGAUGGAGCAGGAGGUGGAGGAGUCGACUGACAGAGUGGAGAGCUGUGGUUCCGCACUGGGCUCUGGAGAUGAGACAUUGGGGGGUGGGGCCUUGUUGAGGGGGACAGGGGCAGAGAAAGUUAUUGUGAUGGACAGGCCAGAGGGUGGGACCUCUGAAACUAGACAGGAACAAAUGGAGGAGACUGACGAAUCAGAGAGCUGUGCUUCUGCAGAGGGACCAAAAUACCUUAACAUUGGCAAUAGGUUAGUGGACAGCGCCACAGAAGUGGAAUUGGGGACAGAUACCUUGAUUGACAGGGUAGAAGGGUUAGGCGCAGCUGUUAUUGACAGGGUAGAAGGGUUAGGCGCAGCUGUUAUUGAGAGGGUAGAAGGGUUGGGGACAGAUUAUUUUAUUGACAGGGUAGAGGAGAUGGGGACACAUAUUCUGAUUGACAGGGAUAGCACUUCAGUGGUGGAUGUUGGAGAUGAGACCAUGGCUGAUGGUUCAGUGGUCUGUACCGAUGUUGAGGUUGCAGAGGAAGUGGUAGAGAAUGACAGAAAACAGCAAGGUGAAGAGGUUGUGACACAGUGUCCAGACAGUAGUGGCACAGAAGUGAAUCCUGGCAAAGUGAUUGUGACCGAUGUGACUGUCAACUCUUUGACCGUAACUUUCAAAGAGGCCUUGGCAGCUGAAGGGUUUUUUAAGGGCUGAAGGACAGAGUUCUGAGAGAGUAUUAGAGAACAUGUAAGGUUAUACAUGAAAUGCAACCCAUAUGUUGAAUUUACCACUUAGGAACAUGUUUAGAUAAACAACCAUAAGUUUGUCAUUAGAUGUUUACAAAGCCUAUGAGAGUAAAUUGAUACCAAUUACUGUGGGUUUGGUGAGGUAUUGUACCUUUAGAAAAUUGGGUUGUAAUUUUCACAUUGUGUUUAGUUCUGGAAAGAUGAUUAGUAAGAGAGAAGGAUGAGGAUGGAUGGAUGAGAGAGAGCAGCUGACUCCUGAAUGUCAUAUUUAUAACAUUACUACUUCUCCAAUGUCUCUUAUUCUAGAUGUACUCAUUCCCAAAUGUGUUUUGGGCCUCAUUUUGGUUGCACUUUUGUAUUAAGUCGUCUGUCUUCCUCAGUAUUAACAGUAAGUUCUGCAUGUCCUGUCAGUCAUGCACACCCUUGUCCUCCAUUUCAUUUAAUAUGUUUAUUUCUAUAACAAAUAAAUAAUUUAGAAAGGAGAGAAGGAAUGCCUGGAGGGAUAUAAGUUCAGCAUUUUAAGAUGAAGGCUGGCUGCAUUGAAAGUAUUGUUUUUCUUUAUUUUACAUCUCAAAUUAAAAGAGCCUACCUGAUUCUAUUUUUGUAUUACCAUUUGAUAGUCCACCCCUCUCGCUAAGCCUUUGUGCAUUUCAAAAGAGGAGAUAUCAGUUCACACCACUCAUUCCCAAAUGUGUUUUGGGUCUCAUUUCGGUUACUCCUUUUUCAAACGCUUUUGUAUAAAGUCGACUGUCUUCCUCAAUAUUUACAGUAAGUUCUGCAUGUCUUGUCAAUCAUGCACUCCCUUGUCCUUAAUUUCAUUUAAUACGUUUAUUUCUAUAACAAAGAAAUAGAAAGGAGAGAAGGAAUGCCUGGAGGGAUAGAAGUUCAGCAUUUCAAGAUGAAGGCUGGCUGCGUUGAAGUAUUGUUUUUAUUUUUUCAUUCAAUUUAAAAAAAUGCCUAUUUUUGUAUUACCAAAUGAUAGUCCAACCCUCUCACUAAGCCUUUGUGCAUUUCUAAAGAGGAGAUAUCGGUUUACACCAUUGUUACAGUAGGAAAUGUGCAAACUGAAGCAAAUGUUCUCGGUUGUAUUUAUCGCAUGUCACAUGUAAAAGCUAAAUUAAAUUAUAUGUCACGUGUCGAAAAAUG